AUGGACACUUUGGCCUCCCAUCUCACCUACGAACCGGUGCCGUUGCGAUUUGGCACGAGCGGCCGCCGGGGAAAAGUGGUUGAUCUGACCCAACUCGAAAUCUACACCAAUGUCGUCGCCGAGAUCGACUACCUCCAGGAGCUUCCACCGUCUAAGGGGGGUGUUCGGCGAGGGGACGACUUUUAUCUCGCAUACGAUCUGAGGCCUAGCUCGACCGGGUUCGUCAAGGGUCAGCGCGGCGGCGGCAUCUGCCAGGCUGUGGUUGCGGCGUUACAGGACCGGGGGAUGAACCCAGUCAAUCUAGGGGCGAUCCCAACGCCAGCCCUCGCGUGCUAUGCCUUUCAAAGAUCAAAAGGGAGCAUUAUGGUCACCGGGAGCCACAUCCCGUUCGACCGCAAUGGGUACAAGCUCAAUACUUCCAAGGGCGAGCUGCUGAAAGAGGACGAAAAGCCCAUCAACGCCGCUGUCGAGGCCAUGCGGGAGAAAAUCCUUAAUGGGCCCUACAGUACGUCGCUGUUCGAUGACUGGGGUAACCUUCGCAAUGGUACCGCGGAGCUCCCGCCAUCUUAUGCUUAUGGUGGCGAAUCCUAUAUCCAGCGAUACCUCGACUUUUUCCAGGGAGAGACGCUUGAUGGCGCUCGGAUCCUAGUCUACCAGCAUUCCGCUGUGGGGCGUGAUCUCCUUGUUGAACUCCUACAGAAGCUCGGCGCUCAAGUGACUGCCGCCGGACGCAGCGACGUGUUCGUGCCCAUCGACACCGAAGCAAUCGAUAAAGCGCAGAUGGAUAACCUCCAGAAGCUCUACGUGGCCAAUGGAGGCUCCUUCGAUGCCAUCGUGUCGACGGAUGGCGACAGCGAUCGACCACUUCUCGUAGGCCCGGAUAGCGGCAACACCCUGAGCUUCUUUGGCGGUGAUGUUUUGGGCAUGAUCACCGCCGACUUCCUGGGCGCAGACUCGGUCGUCGUCCCUAUUAGCACCAACGACGCCAUCGACCGUGGGCGCCUCGCAUCUGUGCUCCAGCCCAAAACGCAGAUAGGCAGCCCCUACGUCAUAUCGGGGAUGCAAACCGUUGCCGCCGCCGGCCAGCGACGCCGGAUCUGUGGCUGGGAGGCUAACGGGGGAUUCUUAACCGGCUCCGACAUCCAACGCAAGGAUCGAGUCCUCGUCGCCCUCCCGACUCGCGACGCGGUCCUGCCGCUGCUUUGCGCUCUUUUCGCCGCCCGUGACCGCAAGAUGACCUUGUCGCAGCUCUUCUCCACGCUGCCGCAGCGCUUCAGCCGCGCGGCGGUCAUUCGCGACAUUCCCCGCGCCGUCAGUGCGCAGAUCAUCCAGCGAUUUUCUGUCGGCAACCCUCAGGUGCGGGAGGUGAACUACGACGGUGCUUCGAGCACGUCGGCCGCAGCGACUGGUUCGGAGGGGAAUCCGAUGCCCCUGGAUGAUUCCCAGGCCAACCAGCUCCAGAACAUCCGGAACGAAUUGCAAGCUGUGUUUGGUGAGCAGGCUGGCUUCUCCACGAUUGCACGACUGAACUACACUGACGGUGUUCGUAUCAUCUUUACCAACGGCGACGUGGCUCACUUUCGGCCUUCGGGCAACGCUGAUGAGCUACGCAUCUACGCCGUUGCCGAUACGCAGCGGCGGGCCGACGAGAUCGCGUCCCAGGCUGUGGCGGAGCCGGAUGGGCUGCUGAGACAACUGGAGCGAAAGGCUUUACGGUACAACACUCGUACCUAG